AUGUCUUCUUUAAACAACAAGAACACCAACUUUUCCUUGGCCUCAUAUGAACUUCCGAAACCUUAUCCGCAGUUGGACAGACAUUCCGAUAACAGAAGAAACAUUCCUGAAGGCGGACUUGCUACUGAUAAAGUUUUAGGGAUGAAUAUUAAACCACAGGAUAACGUACUUCAGACUAUCAUAAUCAAAGCUCCUUCACCUCAACCAAUACUUUCGACCUUCUCUUUUUUGGUCUCUUUCGAAAAAUUUCACAUGACCGCUACGUCUAAAGCAGGUUACAACAAGAUCUAUGAAUUCAGGCGUUCAAAAAGUUUCUUUUUUGAGGUUAUCGAUCAUAUACCCGACACCAAUGAAAUUCAUCUUAAAAUAUACACAAAUGAUAAUCAUAUGUUAUCAACCCCAAUUCGAUUUCAUUUUGGUAUCUAUGUAGCUUGUAAUCAACUACCUACAAAGAAGUUUCCUCAUCAAAAACCAACACCAUGCCGUAUACCUUGUCCUUUUGUUAAAAAUUUUAAUAGACACGCUUGCAUUCAACACCAUUCGCGUAUUUCUCAAGAUAUAAACUUACCUAUGGAGGAAAAAGUUAUACCAACCUCUACGAACAAUAUUAUUCAUCAUAAAAGUUUUCACGCCAACAUUAUUUAUGAAAAAUACAACAAUAACUCGAGGCAACAGAUUUUUUCAAAUCGAUUGGGCAUUUCUUAUACAACGCGUUAUGAAGUGCACGACCUCAACGCAAUCUCUCCGCCUAAUAAGGCCAUCGGUCCUAUGUACACUAAGAUAUACAAAAACUUCUCCAAAUUAUUAAGUUCUAAUUCUCGAACUGCUGCAAAGAAUGCAUCUAUGAAUCAACAUAUAGAUGAAGAUGAUGAUUUUUCAGCCGAUAAUGGCAGUAAUGAUGAUACAAUUGAACAUUCCUAUAGGGAUUGGUACAUCGCAAAUCUCAUCGAUGAACAUUAUGGUAAAGGUGCAUCAGAAUACAUAGAUGCUAUAUUACUAUUACAAGAUUCUACAAUCCAAUUAUCCUUAAGAGAUGCGUAUAUGUUAGGUCUAAAUGAUGACCGUAUUGACAAGAUUAAAGCUCAUGAUCGUCUUAACGAGAGGGAAAAUGUCAUUAAAGACAUCAGGGAUCAUAACACUUCUACAAAACAUUAUCUCAGGCGUACGAAUGCCAUGGAUUUUUUUACGCGGAUGACUAAUGAUUUUCAUGAUCGCAUGAUAAAAAUUCGCAAUUACGCAUAUGGACAUAACACCAAGAAAUCUCCCGAUCGACGUGCAGUUGCAUCGAAGCGUCUCAACAAUUUGAUAACCGAUUUUGAUCUUAUACCUCCUACUAAAAAAGUUUGUAUUUUCAACUUUAGGGAUACCAAAGAAGAAGACUUCUUACCCACUAAUAUAGAUUUAAUUUUUCAAUUUCUGGAGGGGGAUCAGGCUGGUUCCAACGGUCUUAAAGAAGUUUGGGUCCAUCCUGUAACUAAAAUUAAAAUUAUAAUCCAUAACUCAAUUAAUAUGGAUGAAACCCCAAAAAAUUUAUGGAUUACUAAUGCUGAUACAAGUAAAUAUCAGGCCCAUGUUACAAUUCCUACUAUUGAUUCAACUAUUGAAUCAGAAAAUGUAGAUGAAAGAGUAGUUUAUAUAGGAGAUUUAGAAAAAAGAAAACAAGCGUAUGGAAUAUGUGGAGAAUAUAACUUUAAAAAUUGGACUAGUGGAAAUAAAGAUAUUGAUAAAUUUAUACAGCAAUCACAACUUAAUGCUGUAUAUCAUAAAAAAUAUCUUGAAUGGAUACCUUUUGAAAAAUUUCAAAAUAUCACUUAUAUUGCGGAAGGUGGUUUUGGUAAGAUUUAUUCAGCUGAAUGGCCUGAAGGAUAUAUUUAUAAUUGGGCACCCCACUCGGGUGAUCAUCAAAGGAUAUAA